UUUAUCCUAGUCGAAAUUAUGAAACGAAACGUCCGUUUGCAAAUGAGCAGUGUUUCGUUUCUUUUGUUUGUUUCGUAUUUCAAUUUUCUUUGUUUAGUCGUGGUGAUUUCCAACCUAAACGCUUAAAAAUUUCGUUUAAAAUCUUAUUCUAAGUGUGUGUUUAAUUAAGGAGCUAUAGUAAAAUAAAAUGGAAUCUUCAAGAAAGGCACCACCCAUGACCAAAGAUGAGACGAUGCUCCUUGUAGAUCUUGUGGCGGGGAAUAAUAUUGUCAAUAAUAAGGCUACAAAUGCCGCAAACAACAAAUUGAAAGAACAGGCUUGGCAAACUCUAGCAAAUCAUUUUAAUUCAUCGAUCACAAGUUUCCCACGAACUCCAUCACAGCUUCGUUUAAAAUGGGAAAACCUAAAGAAGUCUGCUCGCAAACGCUGCGCCGACAUGAGAAACAAGCUUAAUAAGACUGGAGGCGGUAGAGAUUGUUUUCCACCAGAUGAAAUUUUGGAUAAAGUGGCUUCACUUUUGGGAAGCACAUGUCAAGGUUUCUCUGUGGAGUUUGGUGGAGAUGCUAUACCGAGUGCUUCCCUUGAGAAAGAUUCUAAUUUGGUGAUGAUGGGUGAAAAUAUUAAUGUUGAGGGAGUGGAAAUAAUAAAUGGGGACAGAAAUGGUGAUGGCGAUAGUGGUGGCAGUGUUGGUGAGGAGGUAUUGAAGGAGGUACAAAUUCUCGAGACACCUCCCCCAAUAAAGAAAUCAUUUUUUUUUAAUAAGGCUAGUGGAAGUGGCACUUUAGCGAAGCGCAAAUACAAAAUGGAAGAAGAAAAGUGCAAGGCUAGCAUUCUCAGGGACAACGCCUUCACAGAAUACCUAACAGCAAAAAAAAAAGAAUGGACUUGGAAAAUGCAGAAAAGGAGAACAUUGUAACGAAACUGAAGUUAGAUAUAGACAAUGCUAGAUUAGAAAAUUUAAAAUUAAAACGAGAAUUAAACUUAAUAGAAUAAGUAGGCAAUAAUUGUGUUAGAAUUUUUUUUAGUUUUAAGUACAAAUUCUUUUUUAGGUUUAAGUACAAAUUUUUAAUUAGGUUUAAGUACAAAUUUUUAAUUAGGUUUAAGUACAAAUUCUUAAUAUCUUGUGCAUGAUUACUACUCUGUAAUUUUCAGGUAAAUAAAAAAUAGUCAAAA